GUAAGAAGUUGUUGCUUCAUACUCCUCCCCAUGAUCUGCCCCCAGUUUCCUCCUCUGGAGCUGCUAAUGAAUAACCGAUCUUAACACCCAAGUUCAAUCCGAUCCCCAGGCACCAUCUCAGGCCAGGGUACUACGACGACAACGCUGAGGUCCGGGGCAGUGGGAACAUUCCUCAGCAGUUACUUAGCUGGGUGGUGAAAAAAAAAAAUGCAGCCUAAUUGGCCAGUGGCCUUUUCUAGUGAAUGAAGGAGGUUUCUGUUUUAAGAAAUAAAGUGACUUCUCCGCGGCUGUUGAUUCACUGCCCACAGGGAGAUUUUUGAGCCGAGGCUUCCUAGCCUCGGUAGAAAUUUGCAUACAACUUCCACUUCCUGCUUCGGAGCCUGUUCCUGCUUACCUGGGCCGGGAGAGGGUGGAGGGAGGCUCGGAGCGACCCAAGGUGGAGUGACCCAAGAAGGAGAGAGCGUGAUCACCCCGUGGCCCGGUCUGUCUGUCCGUGGUGGCUCUAAGAAACUAGGAUGAGCCGAAGCAUUCCUGUAGAGGUUGAUGAAUCAGAACCAUACCCAAGUCAGUUGCUGAAACCUCUCUCAGAAUAUUCCCUAGAAGAAGAAUCCGAACUACCUGCUCUAGAUACAAGGAACAUGGCACCCAACAGCUUAUCUGCACCUCAAACCCCUCACUCUUCCUCAGGAGACUUUUCUCACGCUCACCCAACCCUGAAGCUUUCAAAUCACCAGCAGCCUGUGUCCCAGCAGGUCACCUGCCUGCGCACUAAAGUCCUGGCAGAGAGUGAAGACAGCUUCUGGAGGAGACACCCAGACCCGGGCAAAGAUUUUCCCUUGGGCUGCUCUGCAGACAGCGAGCCUGAGGCUGAGUCUGUGGCUGGAGCCCACCCCCUGGAGCAUCAGUUUUCACUUAUGGAAAAACGUAAUCAAUGGCUGGGAUCUCAGCUUUCAGCAGCUUCUCCUGACCCUGGCCAUGACUCAGACAAAUCAGACCAAAGUUUACCUAAUGCCUCAGCAGACCCCCCGGGCAGUAGCCAAGAGAUGGUGCCACGGGCCCGGACCCACAGGAACCGUGCAGCCCCAGACCUGCGUACGAUAGACACGGGAUAUGAUUCACAGCCCCAGGACGUCCUGGGCAUCAGGCAGCUGGAAAGGCCCCUGCCCCUCAUGUCCGUGUGUUACCCCCAGGACCUCCCCAGGCCUCUCAGAUCCAGGGAGUUCCAUCAGUUUGAACCUCAGAGAUAUCCAGCAUGUGCACAGAUGCUGCCUCCCAGCUCUUCCCCACAGGCUCAGUGGAACUAUCACUACUAUUGUCCUGGAGGCCCCGAUCACCUGGUGCCAUAUGGCCACGACUACCCUCGAGCAGCCUACCAGCAAGUGAUCCAGCCGGCUCUACCUGGGCAGGCCCCACCUGGACCCAGUGUGAGAGGCCUGCACCCUGUGCAGAAGGUCGUCCUGAACUAUCCCAGCCCCUGGGACCAAGAGGAGAGGGCUCCACAAAGAGACUACUCCUCCCUAGGGCUCCUGAGGUAUCAGGACCGGCUUUAUAACCAGCCACCUCACAGAGCUGGUGUUCCUGAGGAGUCCUUGGAGUGUCCUGCAGAGUUGAGACCACAGGGUCCCCAGACUCCAUCCGCAGCUGCUAUCCCUAGACCCCCAAGUAACCCUCCAGCCAGAGGAACUCUGAAAACAAGCAAUUUGCCAGAAGAACUGCGGAAAGUCUUUAUCACUUAUUCUAUGGACACGGCCAUGGAGGUGGUGAAAUUUGUGAACUUUUUGUUGGUAAAUGGCUUCCAAACUGCAAUUGACAUAUUUGAGGAUAGAAUCCGAGGCAUUGAUAUCAUUAAGUGGAUGGAACGCUACCUUAGGGAUAAGACAGUGAUGAUAAUUGUAGCAAUCAGCCCCAAAUACAAACAGGAUGUGGAAGGUGCUGAGUCGCAGCUGGACGAGGAUGAGCAUGGCUUACAUACUAAGUACAUUCAUCGAAUGAUGCAGAUUGAGUUCAUAAAACAAGGAAGUAUGAACUUCAGAUUCAUCCCUGUGCUCUUCCCAAAUGCUAAGAAGGAGCAUGUGCCCACCUGGCUUCAGAACACUCACAUCUACAGCUGGCCGAAGAAUAAAAAAAAUAUCCUGCUGCGGCUGCUCAGAGAGGAAGAGUAUGUGGCUCCCCCCCGAGGGCCUCUGCCCACACUUCAGGUGGUUCCCUUGUGACUCCCUCCAUCCCCAGAUCUCGGGGCCGUGCCACGUUUGGGCCCCUGUUCUGAGGGGCACUCUUCUGGCCGAGGCUGUGUGGCAGCGUUCAGGGCUGUUGUUUUCAGUCCCUCCCUGAGGGGCCCUCCCACCCCAGAAAACCUGUUCUGCAGGGUCCUCUUCCUCCUGGCCACCCCAGACCUCAAAGGACCUUGUCUUUGAAACAGAGGCCGUGGGUGUUCUGCAUUCCCUGCUUCUUAAGCCCACUGCAGGUUCCUCCUAAGAGUCUGACGUGUCCAGAAUGGGCUCUCAGCACUUAGCAAGUAGACAAUACAAGUGACGUUGCAAUAAAGGUCAACGACCGCAAACACUCUCCCAUCGCUUUGGGCUACUUUUCUGAGUUAGCCAGAUGCUGUGUGUCUUCAGACCAAACUGAUUCAUGUACAAAUAAUAAAAUAUGUACUCUUUUGUAAAA